CUCAAGUGGUAAGGGCUUGGGGAAAUGUUGUGUCUCUGGCUAACGUUAUAAUGUCGACUCAGGCAGUCUGGGUUAUCCUCGGUUUGCUGUAAUCCAUGGUAAAGCUGUCAUGCAGAAGAAACUGACAUAAAGCAGGAGUCUGAGUGCUGGGUCCCUAUGGCUGUGUAUGAUGAGAAUAUUCUGAAGAAUCCAUUUUAUCUGGCACUGGAGAAACAAAGACCGGACCUCUGCGCCAGAGUGGCAGAAGUGCAUGGCAUUGUCUUGGUUCCAUGUUGUGGAAGUUUAACAGCUAGUUCAUACACAGCAGCACAGUUUGAGAGCUAUGUCCUCUUGCCUGCAGAACAGGGCUUCCAGACAAUUGAUGGAAAGGAGGUGUCCAUAGAAAAUAACCAAGUGCAUUUGGCAACAGGGUUUGUGAGCCCUGCUUCAGUCCCCAUUUUGUUUGAAGAGACAUUCUACAAUGACAAGGAGCAGGCCUACAGUAUCCUGUGUAUCGCUCGGCUUAUUGAGUCUGAGCCGAGCACAGUCGAGCUGAGUCCUGUCGUUGCACACUAUUGCCUGAAGAACGUCGAGGAGGUAAAGGACUUCCUGGGCCGUCAUGCAGAGAAACUGGAUAAAUUCAUUGCUCCCUUUCGCCAGACCUUUAAAGAGCAGGAAAGGAAAAGUCUGCGCCAUCACAUAGAUGCUGUACAUGCUCUAUAUACGAAAUGUCUUCAGUGCUUACUGCGAGAUUCACGCCUGAAGGUGCUGACCAAGCAGGAGCUUCAGAUGACCCUUCUCAAACAAGCAGUUGAGAUGUACAUUCAUGACUGUAUCCAUGAUCUCCUCUUUCGUUAUGUUGGAACUCUUGAAGCAACUCAGGAUGCUGCAUUCAAUAAAACUACAAGAGGGCUGCAAGAGCUGCAGCAGAAAGAUCUUGGAGUGAAGUCAGAAUUCAGUAUAAAUAUUCCUCGUGCCAAGAGGGAAUUAAGUCAGCUUAACCGCUGCAGCUCUCCUCAGCAGAAGCUGCUCUGUCUUAGGAAGGUUGCCUUCACCAUCAUGCAGUCACCCAGCCGCAAAGUUAACUUGGAGGCUGUAUGUGCAGAUGAUCUCCUUUCAGUGAUUCUGUACCUCCUGGUGAAAACCGAGAUCCCUAAUUGGAUGGCAAAUCUCAGCUACAUUAAAAACUUCCAUUUUUGUAACUCUACCAAGGAUGACCUGAGUUACUGCCUGACGUCGUUUGAGGCAGCUGUGGAGUACAUCAGCCAAGGCAACCUUAAUCAAGGGUCGACGGGUUCAGGAGAGCUGAAUGACAAACUGUUCUUCAGGCAAAAGAUGAAUCUUCUUUCCCAGAGCGCUUCUACACCUAUAGACUGUUUGUUUGAGCAUAUAGCAAAUGGAAACAAUGAAGAAGUCCAGCACUUGCUAAGUGAAGGAGAGAGCGAGGAAGACAGGAAACUGAUGUGUCACCCACUGUGCUCCUGUGAUGCAUGUGACCUCCGUUUGACAGGGAGAUUAAAUGACCCAUCCAUAGUCACUCCAUUUUCCCGGGACGACCGAGGCUACACUCCUCUUCAUGUUGCUGCUAUAUGUGGUCAGUCACAGCUGGUUGAACUGUUGGUGUCAAAGGGAGCUGCAGUAAAUGCCACAGACUACCACGGCCUCACAGCUCUGCACCUCUCCUGCCAGAAGGGUUACCAGGGAGUCACGCUGCUGCUGUUGCACUAUAAAGCAAACACAGACGCUCAGGACAACAAUGGGAACACACCGCUUCACCUAGCUUGCAUGUAUGGCCAUGAGGAUUGUGUAAAGGCACUGGUUUACUACGACAUGCACACAUGUCAGCUAAACGUACAGAAUGACAAGGGGGAUACGGCACUGCACAUCGCGGCUCGUUGGGGUUACGGAGGCAUCAUGGAGGUGCUGCUGGAGAACGGCGCCUCCACACUCCUACUUAACAAGGCCAAUCAGAGCCCACUGCACUGCGCACUCAACUCCAGGGUUUUGUCCUUGCUGGAGCGCACAUAUGGAAGUGCAGGUAAAAAGACUCCCAGUCCUUCUCCACAGUCAGCUGACAGCAGCAGCAGACGUACCUCUGUGUCCAGUAUGUCCUCAACAGUCUCUCUGGAGGCUAGUUCUGAAAGUGAUCGCACUCGCCAAAAGGAGGUGGAAAAGUUACUGCGGGCAGUGGCAGAUGGAGACGUGGAAAUGGUACGCUACCUGUUGGAGUGGUUAGAUGAAGAGCCAGAGGAUGAAGAGAAAACUGAAUUGCCUGCAAAGACAGACCUAUGCCAUCCUCUGUGCCAGUGUCCAAAGUGUGAACCCACACAAAAGAAGUUACGCACCCUGCAGCUCGACAGGUUGGGAGUGAACAGCAGCAGCACAGAUGGUUUCAUGCCUCUGCACGUUGCAGCCCUGCAUGGACACACAGCACUAAUCUCAUUGCUCAUCCGCCAUGGAGCCAACAUCAACGCCUGUAAUGGUCAGAACGCCACUCCACUCCAUCUGGCCUGCCAGAAUAGCCACACACAGGUAGUGAGAUCUCUGGUGGAGUGCAAUGCCAAGCUAAAUAAGAAGGAUCAGUAUGGGAACACUCCACUGAUCCAAGCCUGUUUAAAGGGACAUGAGGAGAUAGUAGCAGUUCUGUUAGAGAGUGGCGCUUCAUUGAACCAGUCCAACAAUCAGGGGAACACGGCUCUACACGAGGCAGUGAGAGGAGGACAUCAAACUCUGGUGGAACUGCUGCUACAGGCUGGGGCACUCACAAACCUCAGGAACAACAGACAGUGCACUGCAGUGGACUGUGCUCAGGAGACUAACACAGCGAUUCUGAGGAUUCUCCAGAAAGCCUGUGUGUGCGGUCUUGACGCUGAAUCAGUCAAACGGUUCUGCAUAGCCCAAAGACAUCUAGCGCCCUCUGUUGUCCAACACAAGAGUCCUGAUAUGCAAAGAAUACAGCAGAUGAAUAAAUCACAAGACAGUACCAUACUUCUCUCUACCAACUCUUCAUAUAAGGAUUUAGACGAUCUAAGUUAUAGAAGGCGACUACGUCGGGGAGAGACUGUUGAUGGCUGCGACUUUUUGAACCAUCUGCCUGAAAACUCGCGUUCUUUGAAAAGGGCUGCACUGAACCAGGGCAGAAGCUUAAACCGCAGUCACACCAUACACCAGGACCUGACUUGUGGCUCCUCCACGGACCUGGAUCAUAUGCAGAGUAGCUCCAAUGCAGUCAUAAUGGUUGAUAUUGAACAGAGUGAUUAUGCCACCAACCUCUCAUCAGAACCUGAGCAGGUUAUUGGCAAGGCUGACGAGAGUGUACACGCCACCUUGGAGGAGAAAGAGGAGGAGGAGGAUGAGGAAGAUCAGAACAUGGACAAAAACCUUUAUAUGGUUUCCGCAGAGAUGGAUAAUAUUGUGCUCUGAGGACUUCAGAGGCUGCUCUAACUUUAAACACGAUGAAACAAGAAAAUCACUAUAGAGGCUAUGCAUUUAGCUGUUCUGACUAUGGUUUAAUAUCUGUGCUUCAGUCUGCAUUUCCAAACUCACCCCAGCCACUGACAUGAACAGCUGCUUUAGCUCAAAUCUGAACUGCUUUUAAAAUGUCUAAAGCUUCAGAUUUAAUUUAGUGAACUGACUUUGAGACACAAUUUAAAUGAAACUGUCAGGGUUGAGAGGAUUUGUGAAUUAAAGUAUGUACUCUCAACAGGCACGAUUAAUGUUAUAAGUAUUAUUUGCAAUAUGAAGGGAGAUAAGGAUGAGUUAUGAAAUGAAGAUAUAUUUCUAGGACUGAAACGAUCACAGUGUGACACAAAAUGGGAUGCUGAUAAAUUGUCUACAUUUUAAAAGUCCCAGAUCUUAGUUUGUUUUAGUAAUAUAUCCCUUUUUGCUAAAAUCCAGAUCUAACAAUGUGUGGCUUUAUGUAGAUGAAGUAGUCAGAAUUUCCCUGUUAGGAGCCUUUCAAAAUUGGAGAAACAACUUAAAACACCUUUAAGAAACAGUUUAGCCUGCAGUUUUAUUUGCCCAGCACUUUUACCAGCAUAGAUUUAUUUUCCUAGUGUCAUAAAAAGGGAUGAUUGGUUAUCAUUUUUACUUUUUAAGGUCCAGUUUAUCACUUGACUCUUUUUGAUAUAAACUUAUCAAGCCGGUUGUAUGUUUCAUUAGCUUAGGCGUCACUUAAGCUGAUUUUACACAAGACUGCAUGAAUGACAAGAUAUUUCCAUGCAAGCCAUGUUUCUUAGAAGUCUUCUAACAUGCUUUGUAAGUUUAUUUUCGACAAGAAAUUUCACCUUUCUUCAUAAAUUUUGUGUACUACUUGGGUAGUUUUGAAAUUGAUUUUUCUUCCAUCUUUAUUUGAUUGAGGAAUUUUAAAGUGUGGAAUGUAGAUAUGAAAACAAUGCCUCGCUUUUAAAUGCCAAGGACAUUCAUCUUACUUCAUAUUCUUAACUCAUUUAAACCUUCUUUGAUGCAUAAACAAAGUAUAGAGGAGAGAAUAUUCUGGUCCGGUACUGUUUUAAGCAUGCACUUUAAUCUUUAAAUACAUACACACAUGUACAUGUUCUUUUUAUAAUGACUAAUCCUAACAUGGAAUAGGUUCACUGUGUUUUUUUUUUUUUUUAGAUUUGGGUCUAAUUUGAACUUUUUUCCUCAGAAAAAUAAUUGCAAGAUCGCAAUUAAUAAUGAAACAAAACUUUCUGGAUUGUAGCAUCUUUACAUCUCUAAUCUGGAAAAAAUAGUGAUUAUUUUUUAUACAUGUCCCUAUAAGUGUUAUUCAUGUACCAAUUCAGUGAAUGUGCCUUAUUUAAACAGGGUCAGAAUAACCUAAGAUAACGUCAUACAUCAACAUUCAAGAGUGAUUAAUAAAAAAACAUGUUCAGGCUG